UAUAACCGCGAAUUGCUACAAUUUUUUCGCUUGUGAAUUAGCCUGACGUUCCCGUUUCUAUGGCAAACCACAGAAGAAAAAAUUUAAUAGUCCAAUAACAAAGGAAAAUGAUAGCUAACGAUGAAAACUUUGAACAGUUCGAAGAAGACGAUGCAGCCGAAACUACAGUUGCCCUUUGCACCUCUGGCCGUAAAAGGCUUUUCAGCAAAGAGCUAAGGUGUAUGAUGUAUGGUUUCGGAGACGAUCAGAAUCCAUACACGGAAAGUGUUGAUAUAAUCGAAGAUUUAGUCAUCGAAUUUAUUACAGAAAUGACUCACAAGGCCAUGGAAAUAGGCAGAACUGGUAGAGUCCAAGUGGAGGACAUUGUUUUCUUAGUUCGCAAAGACGCACGAAAAUACGCCAGAGUGAAGGAUUUAUUGACAAUGAAUGAGGAGUUGAAGAGGGCUAGAAAAGCAUUUGAUGAAAUUAAGUUUGCAGGCAAAGAUGCAGUAAUAAGCUAGCAAAAACAUUUUUAACUGGAUAUUUUAACAGUUUAAGGAUAAUUUCUAUUAUAUGUGUGUAUUUUCUAUAAGAAUUCUAGAAAUAAAAUGUGUAAAAAUAACAAUAU